UAAUUCACGAGUGGACGUUAAACGAGUCAGUCACGUGACACAUCACGUGAUUCCAGUCAUGGGACGAGGAAACAACUCUCCAACACCAGCAGGCGCACCUGGUCAAACCCUUGCGCAGGGCAUGAGAUGAGUUUCAGGUAGGCCGCCUUGUUACAAUCAUGGCGGCUGUUUUCCUCCUUCUCCUCGCCUUCGUGCCUCCCACCGCGGCUCGUUACACGCCUGACUGGACGAGCCUGGACGGUAGACCGCUGCCCUCUUGGUACGACGAAGCUAAGUUGGGCAUUUUUGUCCACUGGGGUGUGUUUUCAGUGCCCGGCUUCGACAGCGAGUGGUUCUGGUGGCACUGGCAAGGUCAGCAGCCGCCCGACCCGAAGUGUGUGAGCUACAUGUCCAGGAAUUACCCACCCGGCUUCAGCUACCCGGAGUUCGCCCCUCACUUCCACGCUCAGUUCUUCAACCCGGAAGAGUGGGCGGACAUCUUCAAAGCCUCUGGUGCAAAAUAUGUUGUCCUGACUGCCAAACACCAUGAAGGAUUUACUAACUGGGCGUCUCCAUAUUCCUGGAACUGGAAUUCUGUUGAUACUGGUCCUAACAGGGACUUAGUGGGAGACCUGGGAGAUGCAGUACGCAACAGAUCGCUGCACUACGGGCUCUACAACUCCUUGUAUGAAUGGUUCAACCCGCUCUACUUAGAUGACAAGAAGAAUGGAUUCAAAACACAGCGGUUUGUGAUGAAGAAACUGCUUCCUGAGCUCUAUAACAUGGUCGUAAGGUACAGACCUGAGGUGAUCUGGUCUGAUGGCGACUGGGAAGCACCUGACACCUACUGGAACUCCACCCAGUUCCUGACGUGGCUUUACAACGACAGCCCUGUCAAAGAUACUGUCGUGACCAACGACCGAUGGGGAGCUGGCUGUGCCUGCAAGCACGGUGGCUUUUAUAACUGCGAGGACAAAUAUACUCCAGGUCAGCUGCCCAAACACAAGUGGGAGAAAUGCACAUCUGUGGACACUUUAUCCUGGGGUUACCGUCGAAACAUGAAGCUCAAAGAACUGAUGGAGUUGCCUGUUAUUAUUGACGAUCUGGUCAGCACGGUGGCUCUUGGAGGUAACUAUCUUCUGAAUGUAGGCCCCACAGCCGAUGGGACUAUCCCCACUGUGUUUGAGGAGAGGCUGAGGGGUGUUGGCGCCUGGCUUGAAACCAACGGAGAGGCCAUAUUUGCUACCAAACCCUGGAGGGUCCAAAUGGAAAACACCACCAUACCAGUGUGGUAUACCUCAAAAGGGGCCACAGUCUACGCCAUCAUAACAGCCAGACCCCCAACAACUACACUGAAGCUGUUGAUCCCCAAAACAUCACUAACAACUAAGGUGACCCUCUUGGGAAUUCCUUCCCCUUUACCCUGGGCCCCGGUCUACCCUAAUGGAGGUCUCAUCGUUCUUUUACCUGAUCUACCUUCCACUCCUGGUCAAGCAUGGACACUCAAACUGGACGCUGUCCAGUAAAAUUUGAAACCAUAAAGCGUUUACACUAUAAGGCCUUAUAUAUAUUUAAUACAAUUCAUGUUUUAUUUCAGGAAAAUUCAGGUUUUGAUUUUCCACUUUUCACCAAUAAUUAGGGAAUGUAUCGACUAUGCUUAAGGGAAAAAAAUUUUUCUUGUUCAAAUGAAAAAUAACACUCACCUUUGACCAUUCUUUUGCUGCUUUGAGGACUUGGUGUUUAAUGUUAAUGUGUGACAGCAUCUUAUUUUGGCUCUUGUUAUUCAUCAUUUAUGACCAUGAAUUAAUAGUGGAAUUCCUGUUCAAACUGUGCAGCUUUCUUGGGAAUUUCUCAGCUGAUUGCCUCAAAUUUACUGGAAAACGAAAAGCGCCUUUCUCAUUCAUUCUUUACUCUUACUUUGAUGUUUCUCAAAUUUUGGAAUAAAACAUUCUGUCAAUUUUG